UGUGUCCGGGUCUGAGUGAAAAGUGAAAGUCUGCCAGACGCUGAACCCGGACCCCAGACCCAAAGACCCGGACCCCAGAUCCCAGAUCCCAGAUCCCAGAUCCCAGAUCCCAGAUCCCAGCCCCAGGUAUGAGGAAGUCCCUGAGCCUGUCCUCGGACUGCUCCCUUCCGUCUGUGGAUGAUGAUGUGGACUCGGUGUGUUCGGAUGAGCUGCUCGGGUCCCAGUCCCGCCGCUGGUUGGCAGACCUGCUCACCGGGUCCGUGGAACCGGAACCCCAGGGGGACGUGAACACCGUGGGCCGGGACGGGCUGUUCGUGGACUACCACUUUCCCCUGGGGGAGCUGGAGCUGCAGACCGGGGUCAAGUGGAAGAGGCCCAGGGAGCUCUGUCAGUCGCCUCAGUUCAUCGUAAAUGGAGCUUCGCGUCUGGACGUCCGCCAGGGGAAGCUCAAUGACUGCUGGUUACUGUCAGCCAUCUCGUCUCUGGCCGUCCAUCGUUCUCUGCUGAAGAAGGUCGUUCCUCUCAAACAGAGCUUCCAGGACGGAUACAACGGCAGCUUCAUCUUCAGGUUCUGGCAGUACGGUCAGUGGGAGGAGGUCCGCAUCGACGACCUUCUGCCCACACGAGACAAUGAACUGAUCUACCUCAGCUCCCCAGAGAGACAUGAGUUCUGGAGCUCACUGCUGGAAAAGGCCUACGCCAAGCUGAAGGGUGGCUACAGAGCUCUAGACAUGGGCUUCCCCCACGAGGCCAUGGUGGACAUGACGGGCGGCGUUGCUGAGGUUCUGUCGAUAGCGACGCUGCCCAGAGACCUGCCGGGGUUCCUCAGAUCACUACUGUCUAAAGGAGCACUCAUCAACUGUGCAAACUGUCAGGGACCUUUAGAACAGAGGAAUGAACUGGGAAUCAUGUUCAGACAUGCUUACUCUCUGACUGCAGUGGAGCAGGUAAAAACAGAUCGUGGCCCUGUGGACUUAGUGCGAAUCCUCAACCCCUGGGGCAACACGGAGUGGGAGGGGCCAUGGAGUGACCAGGACAGCCCAGAGUGGAACACCGUCAGCCGCUCAGAGCAGCAGAGGCUGGACCGGGUCAGACGGGAGGACGGCGAGUUCUGGAUGUCGGUGUCAGAUUUCCGGCAGCACUUUGAGCAGAUGGAGGUGUGUCACCUGACUGAUGCCCUCAGUGAAUCAGAGUCUGGCGUGAAGCCGUGGAGCUCCAUAAUCCAUCAUGGAAACUGGGUACCAAAUGUCUCAGCAGGAGGCCCCGCCCACUCAGGUAUUUUUUGGCAGAACCCUCAGUUUCUAUUCGUCCUGACUGAGGUUGAUCCCAACUCGUCUAAGAAAACCUGCUCCUUCAUUCUGGCUCUGAUGCAGAAACACCAAAGACGCAGAGGAAUGAACUUCUCCAUAGCUCUUCACAUCUACCCGGCCCAUCUGAAGAACACAUACCUGACAGAAGACAAUUUGAGAUCCCGCCCUCCCAUCCUCUGCAGCCCACAGUACUCCUCACGUCGGGAGGUGGUUCUUCGUGGAUCCCUGCCCCCGGGUCGCUACAUCAUCAUCCCAUCCACUGCCGAAUCCAACCAGCAGGGGGCGUUCCUGCUCCGAGUGCUGACGGAGCCGGGCAACGGCGCCUCUCCAGCUCAGAAACCAGGACCACAGGACACGUCUUCAGUGACAGAGCAGCCUUCAUUUCCACACCAAGCUGCUCUUCCAUCUCCUAAAUCUGCCAGACGUCUGUUUGAGAAACACUGCAACAAGAAGGGCUUUUGUAAACCAGUUCACCUUCACAACCUGCUGAUGGAGGCCAUACAGGGUGGAGUGUUAAAAGGUAGUGAGAAGUUCCUGGCUCUGGAGCACUGUAAGAGCCUGGUGGUCCUGAUGGAUAGUCAAGGCAUCGCUCAGUUAAACUGGAUGGACUUCCAGAGUCUGUGGGACAAGAUCAGGAGGUGGACGGAUAUCUUCCUGGUGUUUGACAAGAACAAAACCCAGCGUCUGGAGUAUCAGGAGGUUGCCCCGGCUCUGAAGGCAGCAGGCAUCACAGUGGACGACCUGGUGAUGCAGCUGGUCGGACUGAGGUACACCGAGCCCGACAUGACCAUCAGCUACCCAGGGUUCCUGUAUCUACUCAUGAAGCUGGAGAGCAUGAUCCAUAAAUUUCAAGCGUACGACAUGGGAGGAAUGGGAUCUGUAACCGUCAGCUACACACAGUGGCUCCACAUGACGAUGUACAACUGAGUGGACUCUUUUUUUACGUGACUUUAAUGAUGUUAACGAGUAGAACUGUUGAUUCAUCCCCCGUCACCGCCGAGUCAAGCGGUAACUACAGAAACGUCGCCAUGGAAACACCUGGGGUCAAAGGUUAAACAUGGAGUUGAUGAUUGACCGUGAGAACGUCACAGCGUGAUUUAAAAAAUGAAACUUGGUGUCUACUGUGAACUCCAGUUUAUUAUUUGACAAAUCAUUUCAACAUAAUUCUUUUUUUUUUUUUUUUGUCAGUAUGAGGCUUUAAAGUAGUUCAUAAAUAGUCUGAAUAUGGAUCCGUUUAUCCAGGAUGUGUUGUACAUGUCUUUUAUCUUCUGUCUGUUGUAUUUCCUCUGCAUUAGCACUGAUUCAUCAUAAUAUUUUCUGAAUAAAGAACAUGAUAA